AUGGCGUCAGAUGAUCACCAGGACGAUGCGCCGGCUGCGAUUCAAGCUUUGACCGGCUUUAUCAAUACGAGCACUUUGCUUGAUCUGGCGCUUCAAUUCUCGGCUACCUACACUCACCUCGCCAAAUCCUCCACUGAGCACUUCCUAGUCACACCAGUCACGGCGCUCCCCACGGGCAAAGAGAAGGGAAAAUUUUUGAGCAUCGAUGUUGGUGGCACGAAUCUGAGAGUCGGCUUCGUUGAGCUAAUCGGAGAGCCAGAUGGCGGCCCAGAGGAUGAGCGGACACGCAGCAGCACUGUCGGGGAGAACGUGUUUUCACAGAUCAAGAGGAGUCAUGACAAGAAUUGGCCGAUUGAGGAUCACUUGAAGAUGGACCAAGCCGAGGACUUGUUUGCCUGGAUUGGUGACUGCAUCGCUGAGGUUGUCAAGGACGCUCUCAAGGAACAGGAGACCACGGAAGACGUCACGUCUCCUCUAGGUGAUGAGGUUUUGCUCGGUAUCACUUUCAGCUUCCCAAUGGCACAAACGCGUCUCUCAGAAGCGACGCUACUGCCGAUGGGCAAAGGGUUCGCCAUCACAUCGGAUCUCAAUCUAGGAAAGAUGCUUUUGGCUGGCUAUGCGCGAUACUGUGACAUAGAUGCUACAUCAGAUCAGCUCAAGCACUCCAAGUCACAACUGCCAAGGAUACGGGUAGCAGCCAUUACUAACGACACAGUAGCGACGUUCGCAUCUCUAGCCUAUGCGGCCAAAGCGGCCCCCAACAGCCGCGUAGCCAUGGGCCUCAUCGUCGGCACUGGCACCAAUGCCACCGUACCAAUGAAGCCCGAAAAUCUGCACCCCGACAAAAGAAGCGUACUUCCAGAUCCCGAUGCUACGAAAACAGUGGUCAUCAACACAGAGUGGACCAUCCGUGGCACCGACAAGCCGCUAGUCGACCUGAACAUCAGGACACCAUGGGACAUGACACUAGACGCCAACAGCGACGCACCAGGCUUCCAACCGUUCGAGUACAUGACCUCCGGGCGGUAUCUCGGUGAGAUUGUACGCUUGGUGUUCGUCGACGUCGUGUCAAAGGAGGAAGGCGUACAAAUACCGUCAUCGCUGAUGCUGAAGAAUGCCCUGCCGACACGCUUCCUUUCCGAAGUCGUUGCGCGAAAGGGCGGUCGUAUCGUACAAGGGGAGCUCGAAAGCAAAUACCCAGACGCAAACUCGGAUGAUUUCUUCUGGACUGUCGAUAAGGUGGAAUUGAUACGGGAUAUCGCCGAGGCUGUGCAACAGCGCUCUUCAGCUCUCAUUGCUGCCGCAUGUGUUGGACUGCUGAACUGUGUGGGUGACGUCGCGCUAGACAAACAGCAAUCUCCAAGCAACGGCACCAGUGCAAAGGGCAAACGCGAAAUCGAGGAACUGGUCAUAGCGUACGCUGGAGGAACUAUAUCACAGUAUCCAAAGUGGCUGCAGACAUGCCAGCAAUGGAUAGACGUCCUUGUCGAGGAGGGUUCAUCAUCAAACAAGAACAAGCAAGUUACACUCAAGGAGGCCAAGGACGGAGGAAUUGUUGGCGCAGGGGUACUUGCAGGUAUGACAGACGAGAUAGUGUAA